UCUCGGGGCCCUCAGGCAGAGCGACAGGUCUCGGGCCCCCAGGCGAAGCGGCAGGCACCGAGUCACCAGGCACGACAGUCAGGCAUCGGGUCACCAGGUAUGACAGCGGGCACUGGGUCACCAGGCAUCAGGUCAUUUGGCUUGCCAGCGGGCCACCGCGUCAUCUGGCAAGGCAGUGGGGGGCACCGGGUCACCAGGCAUUGGAUCGUCUGGCUCGACAGCGGGCAUCGGGUCACCAGGUAUGACAGCGGGCACUGGGUCCACACAGGCAUCAGGUCAUUUGGCUCGCCAGCGGGCACCGCGUCAUCUGGCAAGGCAGUGGGCACCAAGUCCCCAGGUACGACAGCAGGCUCUGAGUCAAUUGGCACGACAGCAGGGGCACCGGGGGGUCACCAGGCAUUGGAUCGUCUGGCUUGACAGCGGGCAUCGGGUCACCAGGCAUCAGGUCAUUUGGCUCGCCAGCGGGCACCCGCGUCAUCUGGCAAGGCAGUGGGCUCCGAGUCAACUGGUAUGAGACCGCGGGCACUGGGGUCAGACAUUGGAUCGUCUGACUGGACAGCGGGCAUCGGGUCACCAGUCAUCAAGUCAUUUGGCUCGACAGCGAGCACCGCGUCAUCUGGCAAGGCAGUGGGCUCGAGUCAACUGGCAUGAUAGGAUCGUCAGGCUGGAUCAGUUCAUCAUGCAGGGUAGAGGCAUCAGGC